UCGGCCCCCUUCGGCGAGCCGGCGCCCCGCCCCGCCGAUGGCCCAGCUCCGGUCUGCAGCGAAAAGGCAACGUGUGAGAACAGCAGGAGCCUCGCGCCGGAGCCGGUCGAGGUCAACAUUAUUGAACUCGUGAAAGACGUCGCCAGGGAUGUCACCACUGAGAGUGAUCAAGAUGGCGUCUCGAUUGACGCCGUUGAGAGCGCGAGGGACAAUACCAAGAGCGAAGGUGCUGGAGAAGUCAGCCGCCCUGAGGGCGUGGCGAACGCGAUCGAUGAAAUCCGCCCAAAAAGGGACGAGCAAGAACCGACGCUUGCUUCCCAACACGAAGUCAAGGUAAACCAACAGGCGCGAACCAAAAACGGUGGACACGUGGCAGCGACAAACAACACUGUCGCUCCCCCGGAGAGCCCUUCGCACAUCGCAGGUUUCACCGACCACAUCGAGAAGGAUCACACAAACCGCGCAACUGACAGCGCCCAUAUCACCCCGUUGCCGAAGAGGUCCUCGCCGCCGAUGCAGCACCGAACCGUGGCAGCCGAGGACGGCGGCAUGCCCGAAUUCAUGAAGAUUCAGUUGCAGAAGGUGGAGGCGCCACUGGCAACGACCACGCAGUUGGUGGUGCCAAAGCGUAGGGAACAGGCCGGAGCCGGGCCCGCCGCCGUGGUGGAGCCGCCCGUCGCCAAGAAGCCGACGCCGAACGGUGCAGCCGACGGAGCGCGCGAAGAGGAGCCGGCCCGGACACACAGCCCGCUCCCCGGUGAACGGCCCAACGAGAACGCCGAAGACCGCCCGGCGGAACGGAAGAGCACUACGUCCGUGACUAAGCCGCCCUCUCCGCCGGAAGAUGCCAAGCCGGUGGGUAAGGCGCCGGGAAGCUCUGCGUCUGCACUGCCCGGUGUGGAGCCGGAGCGGCACCAGUCGCUGGGACGGCAGAGCCAGCGCGAGGCGGACGACUCGGAGCCGGUCGUACUCAGAAAGAAGACGGUCUCGUCCUCCGACGAGUCGGAGCUGCUCAAGGUGUUCAAGCGGCGGUCCUUGAAGAGGAUCGGCUCAGAUGAAGCUCCGCUCCAUACUGUGGAGGCAUCUUCAGACGACCCUCCUCACACGGUGACCGAAUACAAGGAGAACGAGAAGUCGGCGGUGGACACGGAGGAGCUGCCCGUCCCCCCGCCCGUGUCUCGCCCGCCCUGGGCCCAACGCUCUGACGGCGCACUCCGAGCGCCGAGCAGCAGAGAGCCGGCAGAGACGGUCUCGCCGGCCUCCCCCGGCUCAAGCUACCCAGCCUGGCCGCGGAAGUCAGUGCCUGCUCCGCCCACUCAGCCGCGGCCGGCGGCCGCCAAAGAGGAGGGCGUCACUGUCGCCGCUGAGUCACCGCGCGGGCUCGACGCGCCGCGGGCCGCCGUCGUGGCACGCCAGAACAGCGAGAACCGUCGCGUGUCGCCGCUGGACGACGACAGCGCCUCUACCGCCGACUGGCUGAAACAGACGGUCCGGGAGCGCCGUGAGCAGCGCGAACAACGGGAACAGCAGAACCUGCGCAAAAGCAGCCCGAAGGAGCUCAUCAUUGAGCCCGAAACGCUGGUGCCGGGACGGCCUCUGGCGCCGCGCAGCUCGCGGGUCCUGGCGAUGGCCAGCACCUUCCAAAAGCUGCAGCCGACGUGACCGCAGUGCCGUCCUCGGCCGGCAGUCUGGGGCGUCACCCCCACCCCGCCGCCACGGCGGCCGUACCCAAAGACAGAGUGCCCGGCGUGCCCUACGUGCAGUGUGAUUCAAGAAGGAGGUGAAGUGUCCUCGUGCGGUGUGAUUCAAGAGGGAGGUGAAAUGUCCUCGUGCGGUGUGAUUCAAGAAGGAGGUGAAGUGUCCUCGUGCAGUGCGUAGGCCUGCUCCUCCACUUUGUCGUCGUAGGAAAAGAUGUUCUGGUGGCGCUGAAACUGUUUUAAUGGAAGGUGAUUAAGUUAGCAUGUGAGUGGCAUCAGUCCUGUUAAAUUAUAAAAAUAUGGAGAGAAACACGCUAUUCUUACACUAUUGUGGGGAGUAUUUUGUGGGAUGAGUCUUGCAUCACUAUUGUGGGGAGUUUUUUGUGGUAUGAGUCUCGCAUCGGGCGUUGUUGCACAGCACAGCCAGAGUGUGGUUGUUAUAUUUUGUAAUCAAGCCUAUAACAGCAGACGCUCGCAACACGUCCAAAACCGUGCAUUAUCUUACACGCCUCGCGAAUGCGUAUGGGAGAUCAAUCGCCAUGUUUUUGGCAAUAUAUUCGCUGUGAUCAGAAUCCCAUGUAAAUAAACCAGUGCGGCGAGUCCUCGAUAAA